AUGAAUGGCCGGAACAUGGAGGAGGUGCCAUUCGAAAGAGUCAAGACCCGGCGGAGGAAGGGUCACUGCCCGGCCGGCUCGCCCCUGGGCGCCAUCGCCUGUGAGGACGAGUUCAACAGCCCGGAGCUGGAGGCUCUCUUCCAGAACUACAACCUGAAGCUGGAGCAGACCGCCACGCUCAAGGCGCUCGCGGUGCUCAUCGUGGCCGCGUCGUCGCUGUCCCUGGUGGAGCUGCUGUCCAGCCCGCGGCUCACCCUGUCCAAGGGCUCGUACCCGGUGCACUGCGUGGUCUUCCUGUCGCUCUUCAUCGUCACCAACGUCAAGUACCUGCAGGUGACGCAGCUGCAGCAGAUCGCGAAGCUGGCCCUGCUGUUCAGCUUCACCUUCGCGCUGCUCUGCUGCCCGUUCCCGCUGGCGCUCGGCACCGCGGAGCUGCUGAGCGCCGCGGCCCCGGAGCAAGGCGUGUGGCAGCUCAUGCUGGUCACCCUCGUGGCUUACGUGCUGCUGCCGGUGCGGACGCUGCUGGCUGUGCUGUUCGGGGUCAUGCUGGCUACGUCUCACUUCAUUGUCAUCGCGACGUCGUUCACGGGAAGGAAGCAGAAGCUGUGGAGACCGCUGGUGGCCAACGCGGUGCUGUUCACCAGCGUCAACUUGUCGGGGGUGUUUGUGAGGAUUCUCACCGAGCGCACCCAGAGGAAAGUCUUCCUGCAAGCCCGCGACUGCAUCGAGGAGAGGCUGAAACUGGAGGACGAGAAUGAGAAGCAGGAGCGUCUGCUAAUGAGCCUACUGCCCAGGAAUGUUGCCAUGGAGAUGAAGGAGGACUUUUUGAAGCCGCCUGAGCGGAUCUUUCACAAGAUCUACAUCCAACGUCACGACAAUGUCAGCAUCCUGUUUGCAGACAUUGUGGGUUUCACCAGCUUGGCUUCUCAGUGUACUGCUCAGGAACUGGUCAAACUGCUCAAUGAACUCUUUGGGAAGUUUGAUGAGCUGGCUACAGAGAAUCACUGCAGGCGGAUCAAGAUCCUGGGGGACUGUUACUACUGUGUGUCAGGACUGACCCAACCCAAGGCAGACCACGCCCACUGCUGUGUUGAGAUGGGACUGGACAUGAUUGACACGAUCGCGUCGGUGGUGGAGGCGACAGAAGUGGAUUUGAACAUGCGUGUUGGUCUGCACACAGGACGGGUGCUGUGUGGCGUGCUGGGCCUUAGGAAGUGGCAGUAUGAUGUCUGGUCAAACGAUGUCACACUGGCAAACAUGAUGGAGGCCGGAGGGCUGCCUGGCAAGGUGCACAUCACCAGGACCACCCUGGAGUGUUUGAAUGGAGACUACGAGGUGGAGCCGGGCUUCGGCCACGAGAGACACGCCUUCCUUCAGAAACAUCACAUAGAGACAUUUUUCAUCGUGCCAUCACACAGACGCAAAAUCUUUCCCGGUCUUAUUCUGUCAGACAUCAAACCAGCCAAGAGGAUGAAGUUCAAGACGGUGUGCUACCUGCUGGUGCAGCUGAUGCACUGUAGGAAGAUGUUCAAGGCCGAGAUCCCCUUCUCCAACGUCAUGAGCUGCGAUGAUGACGACAAGCGGAGAGCCCUGCGGACUGCGUCGGAGAAGCUGAGGAGUCGAACGUCCUUUUCCACCACCACCACCGUGCAGCACUCGCCAGGAACGCGAGUCAACCGCUACAUCGGGCGGCUCAUCGAAGCACGGCAGACCGAGUCCGACACAACAGACCUCAACUACGUCACCCUGUUCUACACGAGCAGAGACAGGGAGCGCCGGUACCACCAGGUGUCUGACGACCAUUUCAUCAGCGCGGUGGUUCUCUCUCUGAUCCUCGCCGCUCUGUUUGGCCUUAUCUAUUUGCUAAUGAUCCCACAGGGGAUGCUGGUGCUGUUGCUGCUGGUGCUGUGUGUGUGUUUCCACGCCGCCUGUGUCAUGUACCUGCAUCUCACCAGCGUUCAGUGUCAACCAGGCUGCCUCUCCAUCCAGAUCCGAACCGUGCUGUGUGUCUUCCUCGUUCUGCUCACCUACUCUGUUACUCAGGCCUGUGUGGUGGGAUGUGUUCCUUGGGCGAAAGUUGGGACAAACUCCAGUCUCUCAGCGGACGACGGCCCUGCAGACGCGUACAACAUCACCGCGGCGGACAGAGCUUGUUCCAACAUGGCGUACGCUUUGCUGUCCUGCGUGGCCGGCACCCUCACUCUUGUCCCCUACCUCCGAGUCUCCUCGCUCCCCAAGAUCCUCCUGCUCCUCCUCCUCUCUGUCACCUACACUGUCGUCAUGGAGACCAGCGGCUAUCGCCAAGCUGUGGGAGGAGGGUUUCUCCACACAGGGGGGUAUGAUCCUGUGUUGGCUGCCUUGCUGUUUUCUGGAGCUCUGGCUUUGCAUUCAAGACAGCUGGACCUGAAGAUGCGGCUCGACUAUCUCUGGGCUACUCAGGCGGAGGAGGACAGAUGUGACAUGGAGAAGGUGAAGCUGGACAACAAGAGGAUCCUGUUUAACCUGCUGCCGGCUCAUGUGGCUCAGCACUUCCUCAUGUCAAACCCCAGGAACAUGGACCUGUACUACCAGUCCUACGCUCAGGUCGGAGUGUUGUUCGCCUCCAUCGCCAACUUCAACGACUUUUACAUUGAGUUGGACGGGAACAACAUGGGCGUCGAGUGUCUCAGGCUGCUCAAUGAGAUCAUCGCCGACUUUGAUGAGCUUAUGGACAAAGAGUGCUACAGGGAUAUUGAGAAAAUCAAGACUAUUGGCAGUACGUACAUGGCUGCAGUAGGACUGGUUCCUACAACUGCCUCCAAGGUGAAGAAGUCCACCACCUCACAUUUAUGCACAGUGUCAGAUUUUGCCAUUGAUAUGUUUGACGUCCUGGAUGCCAUCAACUACCAGUCUUACAAUGACUUUGUCCUGAGAGUAGGUAUCAAUGUGGGACCAGUGGUGGCAGGAGUGAUUGGAGCCAGAAGACCUCAGUAUGACAUCUGGGGAAACACAGUGAACGUAGCCAGCAGGAUGGACAGCACCGGGGUACAAGGAAAGAUCCAGGUGACAGAGGAGGUUCACCGUCUCCUCACAGACCACUACAACUUUGUGUGCCGGGGCCAGGUCAGCGUGAAGGGCAAAGGUCAGAUGCUCACAUACUUCCUGGAAGGGCGCAGGCACGGCAGCAGACCACCUCAUAUCCAGCAGCAGCCUGGCAACGGCGAGCGGCGGUUCAGCGCGUUCACCCAGGGCAGCGUUUGCACCAGGCUGAGCCCCGCCCCCUCCGUGACCACCUACGCUACGGCCAGGACCCCGAGCCCGAGCACGGCCAAACCAACCACCUCCUCCAGCGCCACCAGGUACCUGCCCUCUGUCCCCACGGCAACGGUGUGACGGAUACUUUCUUCAUUGUGAUCGUGGUUAACAAGAAAGUGAGAGUGGAGGAGGGGUGGGGGGGGUGUGUGUGGGGGGGAUAGCACGGAUGGCAACAAGAUAGCGGUAGCAGAGAGAGUUUUUUCAAAGCGGGGAAAAAGAGCCGACCUCCACUCUUCUUCUACUGGCUGUGGGAGGCAGCUGAGGCGCUAAUCGUCCAAUGGGAGGCCUGGACUCGGGGCCUAGACUCGGGGCCUAGACUCGGGGCCUGGACUGCGUUUAGGCGACCUCGGUCGGACUCUCCCUCCACACUCGAGGCCUGUUUGUUGUUUCACACCGGUUGGGGUGCCACGAACAAGACGCAGGAUUCUUUCAGCCACGUUGCUCAGUAACCAAUCGAAGGUUAAGGGUGUCUUCGCGAUUUCAGAGUCGACACCCACUACUGUCUCCACAACUGCAACAACCUAAAUCAGCAUCGAAAUAACAAACAAUUGCACAAUUGAUAGUGUAGCACGAAAGCCUCUGUCGCAACAACAACCACAUGUGGAAUUUCCUUUAACAACUUUUAGCUGACCCUUUUCUCUCAGUAUGAAGCCAAAUCAGUGCUUUUGCCUUAGCGAACACCCCUCACAAUGAGUUCCUUGCCAUUUUUUAUUUUUUUGCCUUUUAGAUCCUUUAUUGAUUUAUUGGACACCACUUCAGAUGAAUUAAUGAAUUGCAGUUGUCCAAGAGGUAUAUGUUUUUAAAGUGGAUGAAGCCAAAUGUAUAAUUGUAAAUGGUAGUAUAAACUUGCCAAAAUAUGACAGGGCAUUGCCUUCAAAUCAUCUCCUGGACAUUUAUGCCCCUUCACUUUAACGCUCCAGCGGCACAUGAGGUAAACUCUUGUUACCCUGAGCCGCUCAGUGUCUUUGAGUGCAUGAUGCCACUGCUGCAUUUCGGUCAUGUGUGCUGUCUGUUUCCCUGUGAUGCUUGACUUCCAGAUUCUUCCUCGUCAAAGUGUAGCAAUAAAGCGGUUUGUCUCCUAUCUCAGCCCCUUGCAUGCUGUAGCCAGCUGGAUCCUAUUUUUGACCUGAUAUUGUAUGUAGCCAAUAGAAUGUGCAUAGCUAGCCACACCAGUCUGUAUCUCUGUGGAGUUGACGCAUGACUUAGAAAAACUUAUUUUCUGUAUUGUGCGAGUGUGAUUCCUUCCUCGUGGAUUUCUAUUUGAAAAAAGAAACUGUUUUUUUUUCUCUGCGUGCUUGUUUAUUAAGAAAAUAUUUUCUAUUGUUUCAAUAUUCCGUUCUACUAUUUUCAUGAACUCAAAAUCUGCUUUGGUCGAGCGAAGAAAACUGCUGUUUAUGAGGAGACACCCAAACCUCUGUGUCUGGCUUCCUCACACAAAUCCAGAUGAUUUAUUUUAUGGUAUAGCAUGCUACUCACAGUAGGGCUUACCACAGCCAUUAACUCUCCUCUAAUCUGUUCUAGCAUGCACUGCCUGCAAGCCUGUGGCUCUUACAUGCAUGCUUUGAUGAAACAUUCAUACAGGCCGAGCAGCGGACACACAGUGACUCUGUUUAAAUGUAGUCCUCAUGCAUGCGCUAAAGGUAGCGGUCCUCUUGAAUGUAAGGUGCUUUUUUUGACCCGUGUCUUCUUCAUGAGCUUGGUGUGCAAACCUUCUUUUUUUAGGACAGUUUGACAUCAGGACGGGGGUUUCACCUCCUCCCCGCUCCUGCUGUAGUCAACAGGUAGCUGGUUUUCAAAUGUGCCAACCUAUUUUCAUAAACAUAUCAAACUUGUUGGUGUUGAGCUGUAGCACAACUGAAUGCGUGGCUACGGUUAUUGUGGAUUUUCCCUUUUUGUUGAAUGCCUGUAUUUUUACUGUUCUUUAACAGUUUUGUAACUCAAUGAUGAAAUGAUGGCAAGUGUUGAUUUUUUUUUGAAAAGAUUUAUUUGGACACGAUAAACUGACUGAAAUGAUGAUGUUGUACUUCUUGUCAUCAUAUUUAAAAUAUAUACAUACAGUCUAUAUAGUAGCUUGAAUGCUUAAUUUGAGUUUCUAAGAGAUUAAAAAUGAGGAUUUUUAUACACUUGCUUUAACCAGUUGUUUGAAAUUGAUGGAAAAGAAGUUAUUUACAAUAUUUUUUUCCUGUAAAUUGGAUAUUUUCAUACUGUAUGAUACGGGUUUCAAUUGUUAUAUGUAGGUAUUACUUGCUAUUAUUGUACAUUGCAGAGUCUUUUUCAGAGAUAUAUUAUGAAUGAACCGAUAUUUGUCAAGUUCUUUUGUUGAAGAUGUAUUUAUCGAGAUGUUUUAUGUGAAUGUAAAUUUUGUUAAAGACGAUAUUUUAUACUAAGUGUUUGCACUGCGAUGAUAUUGGACGUAUUAUGAUUAUAAAAAAUAAAGCCAGCGGGGACAUGUCUCCUGGAGUUAAAAGUGA